AUGCAUUCCUGGCGCGACAUAGGAAACGUCAUCCUGCACCCAGUGGAUUCUGCUGCUCAGUGGCCACCGGAGGCCACGUCCGUGAGCAAUGCACUGAAAGCACCCCUACCUGACUGGGUCUUCUAUGGCCCGCACCCGUUCAUGUCGAAGCAUUGCCGGCCACUUGCCGCGGAAUUGAAGGCUCAACGACCGCUCGUACGGACGGGGCGCUCUGCCUCCUGUUCACUGGAAGAUUCUUCUAGCAAUGUGCUACGGCUGUCCUUUGACUUGGCUCUGUGCGCUACGGCCCUUCUGCGCUCGUCGAUACAGGUAGAGCCCGAGAUGCCGCAGGAUGCGAUCUCCAAGACACCGAUAAUCGCGCACUUUCUGCGUAAUUUAAUCUCAAUAUAUGCACCAGAUGCUCUCUCGUUCUACGAGGCCGAAUACGUGCUUCCAAGGCACCCGAUGUACCAGUCCAACCCAUUGCGCAAGUUCAUGCCCAAGACCGCCAUUGCCUCGCUUAUUGUGUGUAGCGCGGCCAUAGAGAUGCCCGAUGACCGCAGUGUAUGCUCGACUUCCACAGAUUCUCAAGACGGUACUGGACCCAGUCUGGACGAUCUCAGUGAUCACGCCUCCUCCCCAUUGUCCGCUUCAUCUGGACGGCUGCGGCGGAAGAACGAGGCAGCGGAUUGGUUGGCGAGACACUUGCACGAUGAAGACUCGGAAGAAUCCGACGAAUCGGAAGAUGACACCACGACAGUCGCAUGCGAUCCCGCGCUAAACAGGCAUCUUCUUGCCUGUGCCUCUCCGCGUGAUACGGUUCAUGUGCCGUUUCUGUGCCUAUGUGAGGGGGACGGCAUUUUCGGCGUCCUCGCAAGCGCCCUUUACCAGCGAUUGGCUUGCGGUAUCAAGACACCAAUCGUCGGGUUGACAUAUCAUUAUGGCUCGCCCGUAUUACGGGUCCUGGUGGCUUGGAUCGGAGAAUGUGAUGCACCAGAUGGUUCCUUGCCUCCCGUGCAUAUCGCAUAUGAAGACAACUCUGGCCAUCCGCUUUCAUUUGGCGUAUUUGAUCUUCACCAUCCUGUCGGAUCCUUACGGCUUGCAUCUCCUCCCACCGUGCCAUUUUCUUGGCGCUCGGAUCUCGACCCAAUGGAGGAGAACAAUAGCGAUUCGGACGAUUCUACGUGCUCUAUAGCUACUUGGGUGCAGAACAUGGCAGAUGCAACCCGUGAUUCUGACGAUCCGCAAUCUGUUGCUCUUGUAAAAGCUAUGGCGCCCAGACAGGUGCAGACCAGAGCCUCUGGCUCCACGUGGUCGGGGGGAAGCUCUGGUGGUCCGCGAUCAGCUGUCCUCUCGGGGUUCCAAGGAGAGAACUCCAACUAUGCUGUCCGCAAAUAUGAGGAGUACGCCACGUUCCAGUGGCCCACCGAAUGGGAGACAUUCGAGAAGAUGCCGGCGGUUGAUCCCUUAGUCGAGGAUCUGAAACGAGACCUUUUUAUGGUUUUUCAGGCAAGGCAGCGUGACGCCAAGGCACCUGCGGCUUCACCAUCUUCGGGAAGCGUCUACGAAAUGAUAUCUGCAAAACUGUCGUUCAUUCUGCAUGUAUGCCGUUCCGUCCGCCAAAGCCGUCUCGCCCCUUCCGAUGCACCGAACUCUUAUGAGUUCGAAACGAGACUUGAGUGGGACAUCCUUGUGAGAGAAAUCAUGAGAUCCGAUGAUGUUUGUCCCCUGCCGGAACGUACUCUUCGCUUGCCCAAGAACAUUAACAUGGAAAACGACUUUAGCGAGGCGUACCGGGGUGCAGUCGGAACAGCCUUGCUAGCUCAGGCCAACUUGUUCUCUUCCGCCAGCGGGGCCAGAGUUGGCAGGGAAAAGACUCACUUCCGCAGCUAUGCUGGUCGCAUGGCCGAGGCGGCGUCUAGUCUGCUUAAUGAAGGAUAUGACGUACCAGGUGAAGAAGAUGCUGCGCGCAGCCAGGAAGAACCUAAGUCCGGCAGGUGUGAUAACAUCUGCUCGUUCAAGUUUCGGGGCUUCUAUCCGCCUGGAAGAGAUGACAUAUACAAGUUUCACCGUCUCAUCAUUCAGAACGAUUCGAAAAUGUCUCCUCCGGACCCUUCGGAGGGACAGCAGCCAGAACCACUCAAGGCUUCCAAGACUCGCGUUCGCCCAGAGGAAAACCUACGCCCGGAUAGUAUCUUUGGCAGUAGUCGCAACGAGUCGCAGUAUACGAAAGCGAACUCGGAGCAGGCAUCGGCAGUCCCGACCACACCCACGGACGAGACGAGACCGAAGACCGCAGGUGCGGAGACACCUGGAACGUCGGAUGUGGAGGCAUCUGAUAGCCUAUACGCCCCGCUUCUCAUGGUCGAGUACAAGAAGAAGCACGAUGCGAACCACGUCGCUACCGCCACCAACCAAUGUCGUAUGUAUACGGUGGCGGCAUCGAAAUUUCUUGCGCAUCUCGGAAUCUGCGAAUUCCCUACCUUUGGACUUAUCGGCACUGGUUCGAUAGGCGCAGUCACCUGCACCUACACAAUGCCAGCGCCGGCUCAGGUACGCUCAAAUACCUCAGGUGCCACUAUUGAACAGACAGACGACCUGGAAAUUACGUAUGUUGUGGAAGCUGGGGCUCGUCUCUUCGACCUUUCAACCCCCAUUGGUGUAUUCCAUUUCUCCACGUUCUUGUGCAUGCUCUUGCACGACCAUGCCAAAGAUAUGAAGGCCAAGCUAGCUGAAGCUAGGCCAGACUUCCACACCAUGUGUCGUGAUGAAGGCCAGAAAGUAGUCUGGACUCGAGACAUGCAGCCGGAUGUGCUUCAGGCCGUAUCCGAUGCCGUUGGGAAGACGGAUCCUCCCUCUGAUACUUCAUCGGCUGUUCAGGAGUCGUGA